AUGCUUCGUGGAGUCACUAGACGAGGUGCUCGAUCAGCGCAGGUCAAUUACGCUGUUGCUCCUCGUCGUUUACCUCAUCGAGAAUCCAGGGUGAAGUCCUUUAAACAACUGCUGGAAUACUCUGGAGAAGACGAUGGUGAGCAUGUUCCAUUCCUUUUCCGAAUUAAUAUAAAUGGUUUCUUUCAAGGUGCUCAUACUACUCGCCUCGCAGAAAAACCGUUGGCAGUUAGCGAAAUGGCGCCUUCACGAGUUUUUGUCACUAACGAUGUGGCCGGAAUGCAUCUAGAUUGGCCGUUGUACAGCCAGCAAGCUGAGUCUUUCGCCACAGCUGCACAUAUCAUUAUUAGCGAUGCUGCUUUAGUGCGUACUUCUCUGAUUUGCACAACUAUUCCGCAAGAGUUCACUGAAGUGGGCACGUUCGUCGUAGCAAUGUCCGGUUUGCAACAUCGGCACGAAGUCACUCUGGAUGGGCUUGGGUCUUGGGGAACUCCUCAAGGAACCACAAAAUUCUAUAAUUUCUGCACAACGACCCGUAAAUUGAUGAUGGCUACUCCGGAAAACUACACAUACAAGGUCCAGAGCAAUCGUUACAUACAUCCAGGUACUGAUGAACGCGGGCAUUUCAUCAAAAAAAUCUUCUGUGGAAUGACGAACACUGGUGAAGGUUGUGCUUAUGCGGUCAUAACCUACUCUUGGGAAGGAACUCCUCAUCCCAUUGCUGUAGCUGUGCCGACUUCAGCACCAUCGCGGGAGAGGCCAUAUGGCUCAAGAAGUUGGGAG